GUUUUCCUUGCGUCGUUCCCUUGGGCAAUUCUGGACCAAUAGCGGUCCUCUGCAUAAUCUGAAUGGCAAACAAACCUGCCCGCGGUCCUGCGCUGCCAAUAUCGCGCCCUCAGGCUUCGAAAUUACGUGUCAAAUACGGCGCCUGGCUGUUGCAGUCAUCGUCGUACUGCAUGCUGCAGCUGCAGCAGGCCAAGUGAGCCCCCAUCGCGAAGGCGAAGAUGAUUGGGCCACACAUCUCAACACUGCGGGCGUAACUCUUUGUACGACCAAGCACGAAGCAAUCCACGACGCACUUUGACGGCGGCACACUUGCCACACGAGAUGUGCCCGAACUACAGUGCCGAUUGAGCGUAUAUCAUACACCUUUGCACACGUUCUUCUUGCGAUUGUGUCAAUUAUCAAUACUCCUGUUCUACCAUCAUACGGUUGCAGUGAUGAAUUUUACCUGUGUUACCCGCCUCCAAACUUGGCCCUCGUGGAUGUCUCGCGAUCAGCAUGUGGCCGCUAAGUCCCACCAAGCUCCUGAAUUCGAAUGCGACACAUGCGACCGUUAUUGCAACAGCCGCCAAGCCAUCGAACAGCACAUGGCCGCUCUGGACCACUGGGCGGAUUCCUCAUCUGACGAGCUCGAAUUUUACUGCGAUUACGACUCUUGCUCCGAGGUAUUAGACGACGAGGAUGCACUUAGAGAGCAUGAAGUGGAGGAACACUUUUACUGCAACCAAUGCGAGCGGGCCUUCCAAGACCUGAAUAGCAUCAAGAUGCAUCGCAACAGCAAGGCGCACCGGGGUAAUAAUGCACCCUGCCCUUUUUGUCGCAGAUCAUACGUGACUGCGGCUGGCGUUUUUCACCACCUAGAAGAGGGUGCAUGCGAAAAAGCACCGUUAACUCGGCUUGGAGUUUAUCAAGCAGUCAAGCAGCGUGAUCCAGACGGCGUGCUCACGAAACGACUGCAGGAGUGGGCUGUAGGUGUCAGUUUGGAGGCCACGGUAGAGUCUUGGGAUCCCGUCACCAAGACUUUCAAUUGCUCCAUGUGCAGCGGUCGCUUUAUUUAUUUGGAGUCGUUAAACCAACAUCUGAAAUCGCCCAAACACCAGCAGAACCUCUACCACUGCCCGAAACUAGGCUGUCCCAGGGAGUUCUGCACACUAGCAGCCGUCACCCAGCAUUUACAGAGUGGAAGUUGCAAUUUCAUGACCUUCGAGGCUGUUCAAGAGACUGCGGCACGAAUCUUCGACCCCGGACGCAUGAUCACCCUUUAGACAGGCCGGGGUUUGGGGAGAAAACUUAGUCGCGGGUCGAAAUCGGUAUCGGCAAUGAUAGGAGGCAGUCUCCGUACGAGGGGCCUCAACUUAUCUGGAAAGUGUUUCGGUGUUUCGAAUAUUGAAGAGGCUUUGGAAGUGAUUCCGACGAUCUGUUUCAUCUUGUAUUCAUGGUUUCAAUCAAAUCAUCGAGCCCCGUAGGCGGCGAGAAGUUCUGUAGAGGGGGCGUUCAACAGAAAUCGAUCUCGACCAAUCGUUAUUCGUUUGUGUUCGCAACCUUGCAACAGUUGGACUCAACGAAUCGGGUGGGUUGACCUGAUCCGUCUCGAG